UUUUUCAUCAGUAACAUUCAGACAGUCUAGCCUAACACAGCUAAAUAAUACAAUUGUAUCUGGACACUUUUAAUUUAUCUAGUUCAAAAUGCCAAAGCCAACAAGAAAUGCGUCUUACUUUCCCUCAAGGGAGCUCAUUAGUUCUUCGAUCUUUCCGGAUGAUGAUCAGAUCGAGGACUUGGAAGAAGUCAGUGACCAAAAGAGUCGUUUCAGCCUAACCACUAACUUAACGCGUGGUCAAAGCGUUAUUUUGGACUACAAGCAAUUCAAGGCGGCUCGAACAAUUCAGCGUUUCGUUCGUGGUUGGCUGGUGCGCCAUCAUCUUAGAAAUCUUGAAAGGUCGGCUAUUGUCAUUCAGAAAUGGUGGCGACGUUUCGCGGCCCAGAGAAAUCUGAUCAAUGUGGCUGAAAAGGUCCUGCAGUCGACCAUUUUGGCCCAUUAUGAGUGGUCUGCCACCAAAAUCCAGACCAUAUAUCGCGGCUGGUGGUCGCGAAAACACAUCUUCGACCUAACAAUGCUUAAGAAACUGCAGAACGCCCUUGCAAAGGACCUUAUACACACCCUGGUCAAGUAUUUGUACUCUACGAAGCAUUCUGAUCUGAUGCCAGGCGUUUACACGAUUAAAGAGUCGAGCGUGUGUCUAAAAACAUUGGAGCAACUGAUGUCAACGUUUGGAUUUCGCUAUUUCAAUGCUCAGGCCAGCUACAAAAUGCACAAGUCCUUAUCAAUGGUGGCUCAAGGGCGGCAGGCUUUCAAAAUCGCUUCUGAUUUCACUGAUGUCCCAUAUUCCGGCUUUAAUGACACCGGCUUUUGCAACAUUCGAAACCAUUCCGUUAUGAAUUUAAAUGCAACGGAACCCGAACAUUUCGAGUUCAUUCACAUAUUCCUAGCCGGCCAUCAAAAGUUGGAUAUGGCAGUAAACAUUAAGCUCGAUAAAAUAGCUGCCAUCGCAGCAGAAGAAAAUCGUUUGAGAAUUUUAAAGGAGAAGAAUAACAAGAAGAAAAGUUUCCUAAAGCGCAUUUUUCAGGACAUGCAAAACUGGCAUCAUCCAGAUGGGGAGCCAAUUCUACCCAGAGGAAUAUUCAGGAAUAAUGAUUUGGUUCCAAUACUUUACAAUGCCCAGAAGACCCUGGAAUCGUUUUUUGGCCAACUGGAACCCUGUGUUUGUCCCACUGCUGAAGACAUAUCCUACCUUCAAAAUAUUUAAAGAACUAUUCUUAAAUUUGUAUAUUUUCUAUGUGUGCAAACUUAAGAGUAUUCCAUUAAAUAUGAGCAAUUUAAA